UUUCACCGGCCGGAGAAGGGAGAUGGUAUAUAGGCGGCAGAGCUCUUCCACCAGCACACACAACCGUCCCAAUCGCAUCGCCAUGAGGAUUAUAUUGUUCGUGUGCCUGGUAGGAACGGUGCUCGCAGAGCCACCAGCAUCAACACACAGUCAGGACUCAGGGUCGCCCAAGGACAAGAGGACAGCUGUGUCGACGAGCUACGGGCCUCCAGCGGCUGGUGGAGGAUACUCCGGUGGUUCGACCGCAGGGUACGGAGGAGCUUCAGGGGGUUAUGCGAGCAGUAAUGGAUACUCCCACGGAUCAUCACUGAGCGGCAGCUCUCUAGGAGGGUAUUCAGGUGGAUUUGGAGGAUACCAGUCCUUGGGAGGGCUAGGAGGUUACUCUCUGGGAGGUCUUGGACAGUAUCCGCUCUUGGGAGGAUAUGGAGGAUUGGGAGGUCUCGGCUUGGGCCAGAGCCUGUUGCUCUCCGGUCACGGCGGAUACGACUUGGGUAGCCUCUAUGGCGGUCUCGGUGGGUUAGACCACGGUUUCUCCCUUGGUGGAUACUCUCUCCCUGCUACUGCCUCGGUUAAAGCCGUUCCAAACCUUGCUACCGCGUACGUCGCCCCUCUUUUCCAGCCCUCACUUUCUGGGUCAUACGGAGCUCCUUCGUACUCUGGACUCUCUGGAUCUUCCUCUCAUCCUGCCCAGCCCUCGUACAGCGCCCCUUCAUCCUACUCAUCUUCUCCAUCCUACUCUUCACCUUCAUCUUACUCUUCACCUUCAUCAUACUCCUCUGGCUCAAGUAGCUCUUAUUCUUCACCAUCCUACGUAUCCGGAGGAUCUACCAGCCUUGGGAGCUAUUCCAGUCCUAGCUACUCAUCUUCUGAUUACUCCGCACCUUCAUCGUCGUAUGGAACGCCUUCCUUUACUCCCUCGUCGUACUCCAGUGGAAGCACUGGAUACUCUGGCGGAGGCUCCGGAUAUUCAGGAUACUCUGGUGGUUCCACUGGAUACUCUGGUGGUGGUUCCAAUGGAUACUCUGGUGGUGCUUCUGGCUACAGUGGGUACAGUGGUUACAGCGCCCCGUCAUCCUACAACGCAGCCUCUUCCUACAGCACUCCAUCGUCAUCCUACGGCCCUCCCUCACAAUCUUACUCUGGUUCUACCAAUCAUUACAAUACCAUCAGCUACAGUAGUGCGGCAGGUUACGGAAAACAUUAAGUGUCAUCAAAAUCAUCUGUCAUCUUUUAUCAUCAAAUCGUUCGCUUGAACAACUUUGUUUUGCGUCGUCAUUAACAUUAUCAUCAUCAUCAUCAUCAUCAUCAUCAUCUUCACAAUCAUAAAUUUUCAUUUUUCAACUUUCAUCCUUCAGUACAUGCCCUAUUAUCAUCACCAUCAAAAACACUUCCUCUUUUUGACACAUUACAUGCUCUUCUAUACUAAUUCAUCAUCAUUUCUACAUCACAAUCUAAGUCAUAGUUAUCUCUCAUUUCACUUGAAUAGGAUUUUUGUUGUAUAUUAGUUAACUCUAUUUAUCGUUUUUGUUGAAAACUUUAGUUAUAGUAUUAGUUGUUGUCAUGUGAUCAUAACUUGAGUCCUGUUAAAUAAAUUAUGUUUUGUAAAAAAAUGAAA